AUGGCAGUAGAAAAAGACAGCCUCGAGAUUAGCCGACUUCCACCGGUGGUAGUACCGGGACCGGGACCGGACCACUCGCACGAUGUGCAGGACAACAAGCUAGAGCCUCACCCGGAUUCCAUCGAUCCAGUUAUGCCAGGUAGACGGGUCCUGCUCCAACACCAGCGUGUGCUACUCGCGCCUGUGACCCCAGCCCCGGCUAUGGUUGCUGCGACUCAGUCCAGUGAGAAGAGUCAGGCGAAUGGGCGCUCACCCGCGGGAAGUAGGAUGUCGUUGAAGAUAGAGCGCAUGAGGGAUGUAUGGGCUGAUCUCAAGCGUAGAGUCACUCCACAGCAGUACCCCCACGCGUGGCUCCUCUUCCUGGCCAUUAUUACGAUCGCGGCCGGUGCUAUCAUCGUGGUUCUGCGUGUAGCUGGAUGGUGCGGUCUCGCCGUGGAGACGAUGCACCACUUGGAGCUGGCGAAAGAAGCGAUGGCCGCUUCUACGACUGGACUACCUGCGGCCCCGAAUUUGGAGGCUGCUGGAGGGUUUGAUGCUACUGGCACGGAGGGCAAUCUGCUGGGUCUUGAACCCACGACGUUUGACGCGGGGAUGAUGGUGGGAGCUGUGGCUUCGGGAGCAGGCGGACGAGACGUCGUAUCGGAUCUUUCUACAGGUUCAACGCCUACUUAUGAACUUACAGCGAAGACCGCCGUGGCGAAGGACUUGGCUACUACGGUCUAUAUCACUGUCACAGCGCCCCCUGAGUCGACUUCUACUACGUCGACGAUCCCUACCUCCCCUUCCACGUCGAGCGAGGGUAUGGAUACAAGCGCAAGUUCAAUUCCGAGCCACGGUACAGCCCCCGCAACUUCCACGACCGCAGCACCUAUGUCCGCAUCAUCGGCAACUACUACGUCUACGAGCACGGAGGAACCCCACAUCUACUGUCCCCAUUCCGAGCGCCCUCUGGUCUGGACGCCUUGCGUCGAUCACCCGACUUCAGAUGCUUCCCACAGAGUAGCGAAUCCCUUUUCAACCGUACGCCGUGUUCUGGCGGCCCUGUGGAAGACGGCUACGGGUUAUGGAAGCAAGAAACCGGUGUGA